AUGCAACUGUUCGUGGAGAGUCGCGGGAAGAUCAAGGGGGCCUACUUUCCCCUGGAGAUAAACAUGCCGGAGGAUGCUACGCUCGGAAUGCUAAAGAAUGGCAUUGCCCACUUGGUUCCGGCACUUCCCAUCGUGCGCCAACGUCUCACAGACGCUCAGAAGAGGCCAUUGGUGGGCGACGAAAAGCGCCUCACGGAUCUGGGCAUUGAGAACAACGCGCGCUUGUCGGUCAAGGAUCUCGGCCCACAGAUCAGCUGGCGCACUGUCUUUCUUGUCGAAUAUGCUGGCCCCUUGCUCAUUCACCCCAUCAUUUAUUAUCUGGCCCCUCUCGUGUGGUCGUACUUCGGGUUCCAGUAUGACAAGUCUCUCGUGCAAAAGUUGGUCCUUGUUCUGGUGGUGCUGCACUUUGCCAAGCGUGAGUUCGAGACGGUCUUUGUGCACCGUUUCUCGAAUGCUACAAUGCCGGCCUUCAACAUUGUCAAGAACUCGGGUCACUACUGGUUGCUCUCCGGUGUACUCCUUGCGGGUGGUGUCUACUCUCCAUCGCUGGGCGCACAGGCUGUCAAAGGGACGAUCCGCGACAACCUCGUGUAUCUUGGAGCCUGCUCUCUACUGUGGACUAUUGCGGAGCUGGGAAACUUACAGUCGCACCUCAUUCUCAUGAAUCUGCGCCCGAAAGGCACUCGUGUGCGCCAGAUUCCCCGGGGCGCUCUGUUUGAGCUAGUGAGCUGCCCCAACUACUUCUUCGAGUCGCUCGCCUGGCUCGCAAUUACUCUCAUGACUCUCUCCCUCAGUGGCCUCAUAUUCCUUGUCGUUUCUACGGUGCAGAUGACUUUGUGGGCCAUCAAGAAGCACAAGAACUACCGCAAGGAGUUCGCCGACCAGUACCCUCGUCAGCGUAAGAUCAUGUUCCCCUUCGUUUUUUAG